AUGACGAACUUGCCAACUAUUCGCUGGGGCAUCAUCACCACUGGCUUAAUAUCGUCAUGGUUUGUUGACGAUCUGGUGCUCGACCGACCCGAUGCCAAAGUCAAGCAUAUAAUCCAAUCCAUCGGCACAUCAAACCUUGAAAAAGGCCGACAGUUUGUAGAACAACAUUGUCCAAACCAGACCCCACAGAUCUACAACUCUUACGAUCAGGUCUACAAUGACGCAGAGGUGGACAUCGUUUACAUCGGUACACCCCACGCCUACCACCACCGCGAUAGUAUGCAAGCCAUCGCAGCAGGCAAAAAUGUACUCUGCGAGAAGGCAUUUGCAAUGAACGCCAAACAAGCCAGGGAGGUAUUUGAGGCAGCUAAGAAGAAGAACGUCUACGUGGCUGAAGCAAUGUGGCUUCGUCACCGGCCGUUAUACCGCAAAUUGCAAGAACUGCUGCAUCAAGACAAGGUCAUCGGGGACGUGACUCGCGUCUUCGCCGAUUUCGCAUCAGAGAUCGAUAUCUCCUCUCUCCCACCGACAUCUCGAUAUCGAGAUCUAGCGCUUGGAGCUGGAUCCCUGCUCGAUAUCGGUGUGUACCCUCUUACGUGGCUUGCCGUGGCAAACGAGAAGGACAUGGAGAUGCCCCGUAUUGUGGCGUCGCAGACGCAUGAAGAAGGCAUUGAGGUCACCACGAGUGCUAUUCUUCAAUACUCCAGCGGUCGCAUGGGUAUCGCGAGCUCCACGACUAAAACCAAGGGCUCCCCUGGUAGAAUAUUUGCCGUGAUCCAUGGGACAAAGGGUCACAUCGAGGUGUCGGGGGAUACCCCUUCUAUCCCUGAAUCUUUCACUGUAUGGGCAAGGCAGGCAGACCCUGGAAGUGCGGAAAAGGCCUUAUUUGACAAAGAACAAUAUGAGAGCAAGACAUAUGAGUUCCCGAGGGUUGGGCGUGGGUUUGUAUGGGAAGCUGAUAACACUGCGUUGGAUGUUUUGGAAGGACGGAAGGAGAGUGGUAUCGUGCCAUGGGCAAUGACUGUGCAUAUGAUGGAAAUUAUGGAUGAGAUCAGACGCCAGGGAGGCACCGUUUAUCCAGAGGAGUAA